UUAUAUAGCAAUUCAGUUGUAUUUAUAUUUUUAAAAAAUAUACAAUAUUGAUUUUUGAGCAUUAAUUUGCUUGACAUAAUCUGAAAUAGAUGCAGCUUACACAAACUUCUUUACGUGAUGUGUCUUAAAUCGAUUUCUUGGCAGUAUUUUAUGUCCAAUAUGCAGCAUGUGCAACAAAACUAAUUUAUUAUAAGGUUACACUCAAAAACCAGUUAAGCACUCUCUUUGAAGUUUCCGGCUUAACUAGAAAGGAAAUAAGGAAAAUUCUUCCCGGAUCAUUUGCACUUUUUGGUUUUUGCUCAAAUUAGGGAAAUGUUAGCAUAUUGCAGCCUUUGAUAGAGAUAAAAUCUUACCUUAUUUUUGAUAUUUUAAACACAAUCUUAUACGAGAAAUUUUUCAGUGUUGCCGUUAUCAAAGAAUUUAUUAAGAAUUAUGUACCAAAAAAUAUUAAAUGUUUAAAUAAUGAUGUUGCAGAUGGAGGCAGUAAGAAGCUCUGGCAGCUUCUGGAUUGCGAUCCAUCAGAUAUGCUAAAGAGAUUCCGGGAGUCAGUACCGUGACAGCAAAUGAUAGAUCCGAAACUGCGGUGGAAGAUAUUAAACAAAAUAUUAAACUGAAUGAAGUGGAUCAUACUGUCAUACCAAAUUGUGAAGAUGCUGUGCUAUUGAUGUAUAAGCAUAGAAGUUUCCAAAAUCAGUUUCAUGUAGUCGAUUUGGAUCCUUAUGGGAGUCCUUCGUCUUUUCUUGAUGCUGCUGUGCAGUGCAUUUCUGACAAAGGUCUGCUGUUGGUGACUUGUACGGAUACAGCAAAUUUGUGUGGACGCUUCAGAAGAAAGUGUCAUGCCAUUUACGGAUCGCUCUCACUUCGAAUGUCGAGCUGCCACGAGAUGGCACUAAGAAUAAUUCUUCGGAGUAUCGAACUUCAUGCCAAUCGCUAUGGUCGUCACAUAAUGCCACUUGUCUCCGUGCAUGCAGAUUUCUACAUUAGGGUAUUCGUAAAAGUCUGCAAGAGCCCUAACAAUGCAAAUAAAAGCAUAGAAAAAUUGGCAAUGGUUUAUAAUUGCACUGGUUGUGGAACCUUUCAUUUGCAACAUUUGUCAGAGACCAUGGAUGGAGAGGAAAUUCCUGUGUUGCCGCAACCACCUCCAGCAUUGUGUGAGCAUUGUGGAUGCAAGUUUCAGUUGGCGGGACCAAUUUGGACAGAUAAUCUCCACGAUAAAGAUUUUGUUGGUGAACUUUUGAAGACCGUGAAAAGUGAAAAGAAUAAUUACGGCACAACCGAAAGAAUGAUAGGCAUUCUUUCAGUCAUUUCCGAGGAACUAGAUAAUUGUCCUCUGUAUUAUCGUUUACCACAUUUGCUAUCUGUCAUUGCCUCCUCUCAGCCAAGUCUCUUCACAUUCAGGUCUGCAUUACUAAAUGCCGGCUACCGAGCUUCUCUAUCUCACACCUGUAGAGAUUCACUAAAGACGGAUGCCCCGAGCGAGGUCAUCUGGGACGUGGUGAGAAGUUGGGCAAAACUAAACCCAGUUAAGAGAGAUAUAACUGGUACUCCAGGAGAAGCCAUACUCAAGAAAAACAUUAAUACACCGAUAAAUUUUGAUCCUCAUCCGGAAGCGGAGCCGUUGUCUAGAUCUCUGAAACUUGUGAGAUUUCAGCAUAAUCCCAAACCUCACUGGGGACCAAAAACCAAAAUUAAACAAAGGAAAAAAGACAAAAGUUGAAUAUCGUAGAACAUGAGUCAGUCAUUAAGAAUAAUGAUUUCCCAGUAAGUGCUUCUGUAGCAAGGAUAUGUUGUGGCAUUUAACGAGUCGCAAAAUGCAGAGAUUCCACUGACGUCACCUCUUUUUAAACCCAUACUUUUUCCGCUCAUAAAACAGAUCGGUCUUCGAGCUUCCUA